CAUGCAGUGAAUCUCGUCAAACUGGGAAAGGCUACCACAUUUGUAUACAAAGUAUAAGUGUCUGACAUCUACCUAAUAUACCCAUACCAUACUCACACAGACUGACGCGGUUCUCAACUGACAACAAUGACAUCAAAAGGACUGCUUGAACGCCUUAACAACGGUGAACAUGUCCUUGUUGCGGAAGGAUACAUGCUUGAAGCCGAGAGAAGAGGCUACCUGAAGAUUGGAGCUUUUGCACCGGAAGUGGUUUUAGAUAACCCAGAUGUUGUUCGAAGCAUGCAUCGAGAGUUUGUACACGCCGGUACGGAUGUAGUGGAAGCGUUCACGUAUUAUGGACACAGAGAAAGGCUAAAGUUGAUGGGACGAGAGGAAGAUCUUGAGAAGCUAAACCGAACGGCUCUCGGGAUCGCGCGAGAAGUGGCAGACGAGACUGGAAUUUUGAUGGCUGCUGGACUUUGUAGCACUACCAUUUAUGAGGAAAAUAAACCGGAAAUAGAUGAACGAAUUCGAGCCAUGUUUAAGGAGCAGGUGGAAUGGGCUGUUGAGGAGGGAGCUGACUACAUCAUAGCGGAAACAAUAAACGAUUAUGGGGAAGCUAAAUUAGCACUAGAAGCAAUACAACAGUACGGAAAAGGCCUCCCGGCCGUGAUAACUAUUGUGUGCUACAAUCCCGACAAGACGCUGGAUGAUGUACCUAUAGCAGAGGCGUGUCUCAAACUGGAAGAAGCCGGGGCGGCCGUGGUGGGCCUUAACUGUGGGCGUGGUCCCAGAACAAUGGUACCAGUUAUCAGGGAGAUUAGGAAAGUAUGCAAGGGUCCAAUUGCCGCCCUCCCUGUUACUUUCAGAACUACUGAAGAAAGUCGCACGUGGACUUCGCUAAAGGAUCCGGACACCGGUAAGCACGCCUGGCCGUCCAACGUAUCAUGUGUAACGUGUACUCGAGAUGACAUCAGAUUAUUUGCGGAGGAGGCGAAGAACAUCGGUGUAAAUUACGUUGGGUUGUGCUGUGGAAAUGCUCCUUUCUUUUUCCGAGAGGUGGCGGAAGUGUUUGGGCGGAAACCGGGAGCCUGUAAAUAUUCACCGGAUCUUUCAUUAAGUGUUCUUGCUGGGGAUAGUAAAGACAGUUAUUCGAAGUUAAGGGAAUAUGCUGGAACUGGCAAGAAAUGAGUAUUCAUGAACGUUUAGAACGGACACGUAUACAAAUAACAUUAAGGAAUGAUAAUGUUGAAUUUGAGAACGUGAUUAUCUGAAUUGUAUUUCACACCAGUUUAGUAUUUUACCUAUGACACUUAUAAGGUAUGUAUACUGUAAUUGUAUGAUACUAACAUCUCAUGUAAAUGUCUCAGGAUAACAAAGGUAAUUAUAAUUUAAAACUGGUUUUAUGCAUAUGUUACAUUUGUAAUGCAAAUGAAUAGGGUCGUUUCUAUUUGCUAUGGACACUAGGACCGGAUACGUUGCGAUGUCUAUCACCACAAUCAGUUCUGGCUCGGUGUGUUUAUAGAUGGUAUGAUUGUAUCAUACAGCACACUAAGCAAUAUACAUAUCACCGUAUAAUUCAGCUUAUUUAAUACUUAAUCCAUGAAAUAAGUCUACGAAAUAAUACAGGUCAGUGUGACGGAGCGUUGAUGAAGCAUCAGUUUUACCAUGAUAAUGAUUUUUUUUUAUCUCUGUGGUCAAAUAUAUUUUUUCAUUACACUUGCAUGUAUUACUUAAAAUUAUAGAAUAUGCAUAUAUAUAUUCAAAUUUCAUCACAUGUAAUAGAAAUAAAGUACAGAAUUGAUAAAUAUGUUGCACAUUUAUUCAAACUGAAGUCAUAACGGUAAGUUAUUAGAAUUCUAAAGUAGACUUGGUACUCUACCCUGUAACGACCGGCAGGCGUGUUUAAGGGACUACCUGCUUAGAUAGACAAAUUUCACCAGUAUUACGUUCAAAUCGAGGUCACAUACUCAGGUAAUCUGAGAAUUUCCUCAAAAACAUAAUUAAGAGUAUCUAUGAUAUUAUACUAAAGCAAAACAUAUUGUACUGUGUUAUCCAGUGAAUAUACCCAUGUCAUAUUUGUUUACGUAUUAACCCAUGUAAUAUGACC